CAUAUAUCAAAUGUAAAGGAUUCAUCAGAAAUCAGACGUAUUUCAUCAAAAGUCGUACGCAGAUCAGUAGAGGGUAUUUUAUCAAUCAGGCAAAGUGAUCUAGACGAAGCACAUACUAGACUAAUAAACAUGGCAAAGUUAAUUGAGAAACAUUAUGGUCAACAUAUUCGGAUGAAUGGCUUAUUAGGAAUCUACCCUACAAAUAAUCGGUCUAUUGAACCUGAACUUAUGCGUAUUCUAAUGAAAAAUGCACAAAUAGAAUUUAGAAUAAAUUCUGUUAAUAUGAGUGAGGCUAAAUUAUUAUUAGAUCAAGCUCUUUCUCUUUUAGAUAAAAAAGUGCGUAGAAGCUUAAAAAUGACUGAAAACUUUGAGUGUAAGGAUUUGGUAGAUUAUCUGAAGAUGGCAAAUAAAAUUACUAAUGUUAAUGUAAUCACUGGUACAGAAAAAUAUCCGGGUGAGAUGAUUGGAAAGAUAAAUGAGAAUGUAUAUACUUCUGAUGAAUUUUAUCAAAAUUUAAUAAAUUAUUAUUCUAUACUAUCUGAAGAGCUUUAUGGUGAUCUUUAUGUAACUGAGCCAAUAGCAAUAGAACGAGCUAUUUCCCAGUUUGGAAGAUUAAAAAUUGGUGCUGAAAUAUAUGGAUCGAAGAUUGCCCCUAGAUAUGAAAAUCGCUCAUAUAUCAGAGCGAAGUUCAUGGCUUAUAGAGACAAUUCCGUAGACAUAUAUCUGGGAAAAAUACAAUUCUUUUUUCAACAUAAAUAUGAUAAUAAUAUAUACCAUCUAGCAUAUGUUCGAUGGUAUCGACCAGAUAACACGCACCGUUUUUACUUAUCAUUAAAAGAAGAUAGUCGAUGUGAUAUAGAAAUUUGGCAAGAAAACUUUUAUGAAGAAUCAAGAGAUUGUAUAAUACCCAUACAAAGGAUAUUAGGACGAUUCAUACCUUCUUCGUAUAAAUUUAAAAGAG